UGCGGUAGUGAAAUCCUCGGUGACCAGCUCACAGUAGUCAUCCCUACGAGCUACUUUACAGCCCAACUUUUAAUACCUGCUCUGCGUCCAGCCUGCUCACUCCAACAGAGACCAGACAAGAGACAUUUUCCUCCAGUUUCAGUCUUAAUUUUUCCUGUAAAACCGGGCCAGCCUAGACCUGUCGCGCAAAAUCCCCUCCACCUUUCGUGGAUUUUUUUCCCCGCAGCCAAAAUAGUCUGGUGCUUGAAGCGAGUGGGAAAAAAGAAAACAAAACAUACUUUAGCGGAUUGCUUGCCGAACAUGACGAGAAUAUGCGGAAGAAGAUAUAAACCGACUGAUAAUGAGGAUUAUCUCUGCAACUAACAGAUGUGCAGUGAGGUGCCCUGGUUGCGGAUUCAACCUGCUCGGUCAUCGAGCUGAAGGGGGGAAUUUGGGAGAAGUCGUGUGGAGCACAAAGAGCUUAUUAAAGCCGAGGAUACAACAAGUUUCAGCCAUGCAUUCCCUGUGCUGACAGAAGACUGAGGUGUUACAGAGCUGCGACACGGUGCUUUGUUUCUGAUUGUUGUUUUCAGCCUACACUCUCACCACAACACAAAGUUGGACAAUACGGAGAAGUUUCCAGUCUGCCAGCGGUAACAGUCGCUGUUUAAGGAGCUGCAUCAGACUGGGCUGUAUGUUCACAAUCCACUGACAACUGCACUUAGCUUGAGUGUGUUUUUCUGCUGCAGUGUUUUGACCACAGUGUGAGGCUCUCUGAACUGAAGUCCACUUUAAAUGCGGACUGGUUUGCGGUCAGUGAGUGCACAGCCAAGCUGCCAGUGCCACUUGAUUUUUAAUUCAAGUCUAAACACAACAGUUUUUUAUCAUUUGGUAACGCCACUAUGGAGCUGACAUACUGGAGCACCGUCCUGCUGGGGUACAUCUUCCUGAACUGGGCGCAUCUGGCUUCUGCAGAGGAAGAGGUUCUGAUGAACACUAAGACGGAGACUUCUGAUCUCAAAUGGACCAUCUUUUCGCGUGCCAAACCCGAGUGGGAGGAAGUAAGCGGUUUAGACGAGGAGAACAACAGCGUGAGGACCUAUCAGAUCUGUCAGACCGACAGCUCAUCCAGCCACUGGCUGCGCAGCGGCUUCAUCCAGCGGCGAGGAGCGUCUCAGGUUUACGUGGAGCUGCGGUUCACCAUGAUGGAGUGUUCCUCCAGGAGCACCCACCACCGCAGCUGUAAGGAGACCUUUAACCUCUACUACUACCAGGCCGACUCCAAUGAGGCCACGGCCACUUACCCACCCUGGAUGGAGAACCCAUACACCAAGGUGGACACAGUGGCUGCAGACUUUCUACUGAGGAAGGGUGGGGAGCGGAAAUUUAAUGUGAAGACCUUAAGACUUGGGCCUCUAUCUAAGAGAGGCUUCUACUUGGCUUUUCAGGCUCAGGGCGCCUGCAUGGCCCUGCUGUCUGUCAGGGUGUUCUUCAAAAAGUGUCCUCCCCUGGUUAGUGCUCUUUCCUCUUUCCCUGAGACUGUCCCCCGUACUCUUGUGCAAGAGGCACAGGGAGUGUGUGUGGAGCAUGCCGCCCAGCAGGGGCCACGACCUCGGCCCCCGAAGCUCUUCUGCGGGGAAGAUGGCCAGUGGGUAGGCCAGCCAACAACCUCCUGCGCCUGCCUACCAGGAUUUGAGCCCACUGAGGGACACACACGAUGUACAGCCUGUUCUGUGGGUCAGUUCAAGUCAGGCACGGAGGGACAGUGCACUGACUGUCCAGGAUUCAGCCACGCCGCCAUCAGAGGGGAGUCGGUGUGCGCAUGUCGCUCUGGAUACCUACGUGCAGAAUCUGACACUCCUGACACCCAAUGUACUAAACCUCCGUCGGCGCCACGUAGCAUCAGCACCAAGAUCAACGACACCACGCUCAGUCUGGAGUGGAACGAGCCUCUGGACAACGGCGGCAGAACAGACCUGGGCUACGCUGUCAGGUGCUCUGUGUGCAGGUCAACCAAAGGGCCGUGCCUCCCCUGCGGAGACAGCGUCAGCUACCGGCCAGAGCAUGAAGGCCUGCUGGGUCGCAGGGUGGAGGUGUGGGGCCUCCUGCCGCACACCACGUACACCUUCACCAUCCAGGCGCUCAACGGGGUGUCUCAGCUCAGCGGCAAGGACCCUGCGAGUGACAGUGUCAAUAUCACCACAAGCCAUGACGUGCCAUCGCUGGUGCCUGUGAUUCACAAGAGCGACUCCACAGAGAGCAGUCUGACUCUGCACUGGUCAGUCCCAGCGCAGCAACACUACACCAUCCUGCAGUAUCAGCUACGCUACUGUGAGAAGGAGCGACGCAGUGAGGAUCAGUGCCACUACACAGAGAGUAACAGAAACCAGGCCGUGCUCACAGACCUCCGCAGGGCCACUCAGUAUGAAGUGCAGGUCCGGGCACGCACCAUGGCUGGUUAUGGCAGCUUCGGCCCUGCAACCAUCUUCCGCACCCUGCCUGAUGGACAUGACUCUGCCUCCCAGUUCUUGAUACCUGGCAUCCUUAUCGCUGUUGGGAUGCUGCUGCUUGUCACUUUCGUCUUGGUGGCUGCUUACUGCAUACGCAGACACAGCCGAAUAAAGGAUCCAGAACUGAGCGACAAAAACAGCCAGUACCUUGUUGGCCAAGGGGUCAAGGUUUAUAUCGACCCCUUCACCUAUGAGGAUCCGAAUGAGGCGGUGCGAGAAUUUGCCAAGGAAAUCGAUGUUUCCUUUGUCAAGAUUGAGGAGGUUAUUGGCGCUGGAGAGUUUGGGGAGGUGUGUCGAGGACGGCUGAGGAUCCCAGGGAAAAAAGAAAACUACGUGGCAAUAAAGACGCUGAAGGGAGGCUACACUGAUAAGCAGAGACGGGACUUCCUGUCUGAGGCGUCCAUCAUGGGGCAGUUCCAGCACCCCAACAUCAUCCACCUGGAGGGGAUCAUCACGGCCAGCUGUCCGGUCAUGAUCCUCACGGAGUUCAUGGAGAACGGAGCUCUGGAUUCGUUUCUGCGGCUGAACGACAGCCAGUUCACGCCCAUCCAGCUGGUGGGUAUGCUGCGCGGCAUCGCCUCCGGCAUGAAGUACCUGGCAGAGAUGAGCUACGUCCACCGGGACCUGGCUGCCCGCAACAUCCUGAUCAACAGUAACCUGGUGUGCAAGGUGUCUGACUUCGGCUUGUCUCGCUUCCUGCAGGAGAACUCGUCUGACCCGACCUACACCAGCUCUCUGGGAGGUAAAAUCCCAAUCCGCUGGACAGCACCGGAGGCAAUAGCCUUCAGAAAGUUUACCUCAGCCUCAGAUGUGUGGAGCUAUGGCAUCGUCAUGUGGGAGGUCAUGUCUUUUGGAGAGAGACCCUACUGGGACAUGAGCAACCAGGAUGUAAUCAAUGCCAUAGAGCAGGACUACAGGCUGCCCCCUCCCCCUGACUGCCCCACCCACCUGCACCAGCUGAUGUUGGACUGCUGGCAGAAGGACCGCUCGGCGCGUCCUCGCUUCACGGACCUUGUCAGCGCUCUGGACAAGCUGAUCCGCAACCCUGCGUCACUGAAAAUAGUCGCCCAAGAGGGAGCAGGGCCGUCCUACCCCCUGCUGGACCAGCGUGCACCUUUAGCCCUCUCGUCGUGUGCUUCAGUGGGGGAAUGGCUGAGGGCCAUCAAGAUGGAGCGCUACGAAGACAGCUUCCUGCAGGCUGGCUUCAACUCAGUGGACCAGCUGGCCCAGAUCACCACACAGGAUCUCCUGCACAUGGGAGUGACUUUGGCCGGGCAUCAGAGGAAAAUCCUUUCCAGCGUCCAGACAAUGACCUUUCGGAACAAGAGCACUACAACUGUGACCUUCUAGCUCACCUGUCUGCUGACCUAGAGGUGAACACCAGCACACAGUUGCAGCCAUGUACUGAGAGCACUCUGGAUCCUCUCCUGUGACCCACUUUGAACACAGACUCCUAGAGAGAUUGGCAGAACUUUAUUCAUGACCAGGGGAAAAAAAAAAGAAAAAAGAAAAAAAGAUCAAAAAUCAGCAGCUAAAGAUGACUUUCUUGUGAGGAUCAGAGGAAGUCGUCCGGAGAAUGGCAAGUCCUAGUCACCUGCAGUGACCAGGGAAUGAAGCUGAUGAUGUGCAGACUGACUCUGCCUCGUUUUACAGUUUGUGCUCAGUGUUUUUAUAUCUACCAGAGGUUAGGAACCAAUACAUGUGCUAAAUCAAGAGGAGAGACAGAUCCAAGUUUACAUUGUUUCUGUAGUGUCAUGUCAUUUUGAAAACUGGCAGUUGACGAGUUGUUGACCCAGUAAAACGUCACUUCACCAAAGGAGACUAAAAAAAAAAAAAUGCCAGUGCCAAUUCAUGGACUCAGUUUUCAUAUUGUUGUGUAAUUAUGAAUGAGAACUGCUUUCACCCUGGGUGUCUUGCAUUAAAUCCAUGUGGAUUACAUCACUAAAUAGGCACCUUUCGCAUCAAGACUGAACGUUUUAAUGUCCCAUUUGAUUUCAACAUUACCUCCUCUUUACUCAGGUGUGAUGUGUAAUGCAGACUUUGGAGAGUGCUGUACUCGUCCUAAUCAUGCUUCUCUCAUCUUCCUCAGUCUGGCUCUCCCCUCAGCAGCUCAGCUACGUGUGAGCGGAGGAGAGACACAGAGACAUAUCAGCACUUUUGGCAUUUCAGAGUGAAUUGUAAUCUUCAGUAACUCCAUGUGUUUCUGUUGGAGUGUGGUUGAUUAUUUCCACUGCCUGUGUUUCUGCUGGCAGCUCAAUUUUAUUAGAAUCAGACUGAACAAGGACCAAGAGGACUCAGAGACCAGACAACACUGUCGAAUUGGUUUUCUUCGUAGAAAAUUAUCAAGGAAGCAAUCUGGCGUCAAACUUGUUUUUCUUGAUAUAACUGAUUUGAACCAUUUUUAAUUCAGUAUUCUCCAUCUUCCAGUGCCAUUCAGUCAUCUUUGUUGACGUAAAUGCCAAUUUUAUAAAACAGCAAUCUCUCAUGGGUGAUUGAACUUUGUCUCAUUUUAAUGUACCUUAAAGGGUUACUCUGACAUUUUGAAGUUUAGUGUAUUUUUUCCUUCAUCACAUGUUGUGCAGGCGGCAAAAUCUUUCUGCUUUUGCCAGCUAGCUGCACAAAAACGGUUUCUUACUAUGUGUUAACAACAGGCUCGCUUGUAGCCGGCAGUAUCCAUAGGUUUCAGGGUGGAAUGCUAACAACAUUGUUGAGCUCCUGUUUAAUUAACAGAGCCCCCCCACACAUACACACACACACACACACACACACACACACACACACACACACAUUAUUACAUGUGCUUGUCGAAGAGGAAUAAUGGACCUGAGUUCAAAAUGUCAAAGUAUUUCUCAAAGACUUCUUCACAGAUGAUACCAGCCUUUUUGACAUAUGGGCCAAGUAUAAUUUUCCCAGGUAGCUCACAGACCUGCAGUGAAUCAGGAAAAUGGAGCUAAAACAGCUACUAAAACAACUACAGUAUGUUGGAUAUAAAAUACAUAGUAUGAUAUUUGUAAAUGAUUUCCUCUUGUGUCAUUUGUGAUUUGUAGUAUUUUUUGAUUUAUUGUUCAGUUGAAGAUGUUUUUUUGUUUUUUGUUCUGAUUUUUGCUAAUAGCUCCUUUGGACGUUUAUAUUGCAUUUCUGUCAUAUGUUACAAUUUUCUAAGGUUUAAAGAGGUUUAAAGUGUAGUUUACACACAUUUAACGUCCAUUCAAAUGUGAUGAAUAAGAUAAAUUCAAAUCCCCUUAGUGCACACCAAAGGCUUUGUGGUGGUGAUAUUGUGCUACCACUUGAAAAAGACCAAAUGUGGUCAAAAUGUCUGCGAUAUCAAAGUCAUCCGUUCUCUUUUCGAACAUACACUUAUGUUAGGCCUCAGUCAGAAACACUGGUAUUGUCAUGCAAGAGUCUGAGAUAUUCCUUUUAAGGGUUUUGGGAAAAGUGGUCUUCAUAUUGAAGAUCUCAAUAAAAUCAACUUUGAAAUGAUGAAUAGAUAAAAGUAUGUUUUGAUUACUGUCCUGUGUGUAGGCUAAUCUGUAUUCAGUAUUCAUAAUAAAGAUGCACAGCAGUGUUUACCAUCAAA